AAGUCUCUCAGCAUGUGCAGCCAAUAUAUUCUCAAGCGUAUGCCAGAGAGCCUCACGCAAUCUCGCCUGAAAAUUCCAGAUCCAACACUCUCGCACUCCUUCCCCCUUCUCCACCUCACGCACAAGAGUUUCGAUUUUUGGACUACUCCUUUGGAUUCCGAUUCGUGUUUUUAUCCAUUCAAGAAGUAAUAGCUUCGUAUGGGAUCCCCAGAGAACGGCUCCGACGAGCCCCUGACACCAACGGGGCGCCUGGUCCUCCAGAAGGAGAUGAACCUGGUGAUCUACAGCGCCAUCGGCAUGAAGCAACCCCUCGAUGUCGACGCCCUCAAGUCGAUGAUCCAGAGCUCCCCCAUGUUUACGCACCCCAGGUUCUGUAGCCUCUUGGUGCAGGAUUCUGCAGGCCGAGAGCACUGGAGGAGGACCUGCUUGGACAUUGAUCGCCAUGUCAUCCCAGUCUAUGGGCCCAUCGCUGAAGGCCUCUCUGACGAGGCAGCUGUCAACGAGUACCUCGUCGACCUGUCCACCGACUUGCCGGGGUUCUUGGGCGACGACAAGCCCCUGUGGGACGUCCACCUCCUGAUGGCCCAACGGUGUAUGGUGUUCCGGAUCCACCACGCACUUGGCGAUGGGAUCUCGCUAAUGUCGAUGUUCCUGGUGUUAUGCCGGCGGGUGGACGACCCCGAGGCGCUGCCGACGAUCCGUCCUCCAUCAUCGGCUAAGAGGAGGAGGGGCAGCGGCGGCGAGUGGUGGAAGGCGGUAAUGAGGGUUUUGGGGGUGGUGUGGUUCACGUUGGUCUUCGUGGUGGAGUUCAUGCUGCGGAGCAUGUGGGUGAGCGACCGGAAGACACCGGUGAGCAGCGGCGCAGGGGUGGAACUCUGGCCGAGGAAGCUGGCCACGGCAAGGUUUUGGCUGGAGGACAUGAAAGCGGUCAAGUCAGCAGUCGCUAAUGCGACCAUUAAUGAUGUUCUCUUCGGGAUCAUAUCGGCCGGCUUGGUCAAAUACUUGGACCACCGAUCUCCCAAUGCCGUGCGGGAAGGGACUCAAAUAACCGGAAUGGCAAUGGUUAAUCUGCGAGAACAACCCGGAUUGCAGGAACUAUCCACUUUGAUGAAAGACAACCCGGGUCUGCAGUGGGGCAACAAGGUCGGGAUUCUCCUCCUCCCUGUUCACUACCACAGAAGCUGCGGCGACCCUCUCGAAUACCUGAGAAAAGCCAAGUCGAUGAUUGACCGAAAGAAGAAAUCCCUGGAGGCUCACUUCUCGUACAAAAUCCGCGAAAUGGUCAUGUCUUAUCCAGGAGCACGUGCUGCGACCCUGCUCAACUACAGGAUCUUCUGCAACACCACGUUCACCAUCUCGAACAUGUUCAGCCCGCACGAGGAGAUCGCGGCUGUCGGCAACCCUAUCACGUACAUAAGGGUGAACGUUUCGGGUUUACCCCACGCACUCACAUUGCACAUGGUGAGCUAUGCGGGGAGGGCAGACAUGCAGAUUCAGGUGGCCAAGGACAUCAUCCCGGACCCUGAAUUUCUGGCCGAGUGCUUUGAGGAUGCUCUACUCGAAAUGAAAGCAGCAGCUUCUACAGCCUUGAAUUCAAAGAAGUAAACAGGGAAACAUUCCUGUGAUGUUAGGAGGAGAAAUCUGUAUGUUAUCCUUAUGUGUGGGAUUAGACACGGGGAUAAAAGGAAUUGAUCCCACUUAUAUGAUGUUCUGUUGGGACAAGAAGAACCAUUUUAGGCCAUUAAUCCGAAUUUCGUCUUAUGUCUUACUUGAUC